AUGAGGGCCGCCCUCUUCACCGCGCUAACAUGCAGUGCACUGCUCAUACUGGGCGCCGCGCUCGCUGUGGAUGCCCCGCCCGGCCGCAAGACCCCGAACGCCAUCGACCGCGAGAGCGGCGUGCUCGCCAGUCUGGUCUUCCCAGAGAUCUUCGACCGCAUCGUCGUCGACGGGCUCGAGACCCCGAUCCAGUUCCGCGGCACCACCUACCUUAACAUCGCCGCGUGGAACGCGUGGUGCAACUACCAUCCCACAGCGGCCGACAUCUUCAACCGCACUCGCUUCCGUCGCCCGGCCUCGGAGCACACGCGUGACAACAAGAACGUCGCCGUCUUGUACGCCCUCUUCCGCCUCUACGAGGCCUCACCCGUCAGCUUCGGCGGCAACUCCGGCAUCCCCGUCUUCAGCGCUCUGCUCGAGCGCGAGGGGCUCAACCCGAACGACCGCUCCACAGACAUGAAUACGCCGGUGGGCAUCGGCAACCGCGCCGGCCGCGACACGGCGCGCCUGAUGGCCAUCGACGGUUGGAACGCCGAGGGCGACAUCGCCGGCACACCCGCGCAGUACCGCCAGCCGUUCGCCGACUACACCGGCUACACGCCGAAGAACAGCCCGUGGAAGAUCUCGCACCCGUUCCGCUGGCAGCCGCUGCUGGAGUCGAACGGGCGCGGCUUCUUCUUCCGGCAGAAGAACGUGGUGCCGUUCGCGGGUCGGACGAUAGCGUUCGGGCUGACGCGCAGCGAGGUGCGCGCGCGCCGUGCGCCCGCCCCGUUCAAGCGCGGCGGCGCCACGGUGAAGACAGCGCUCAAGUCGGACGUGGCCGCGCUUCGGCGGCACGCGCGCAAGGUGCUCGCCACGUUCGCGGCGCUGACGACGGAGCAGCGCGUGCUGGCCGAGUACUUUGACAACAAGGGCAAGGCGUUCCGCACGGAGGACAACCCCGCCGGCUUGCCCGGCAUCGCGACGGCGCUGCGGUUCGGGAUUCUGGGCCCGGCCAACCACUGGAAUCUGGACGACGAUAUGGUGUACGGGCUUGGCGGGGCGGUGGCGACGCUGGACUCGAUGGUGACGGCAUGGAAGGAGAAGCGACGCGUGGACGCGGUGCGGCCGACGGGACAGACGAUGGAGUUCCUGUUCGGAGAGCGCAAGGUGAAGGUGUGGGGAGGGCCCGGGAAGAAGGCGGUGCGGAUCCGUGCCGGGGACUGGCAGCCGUACAUCCGGACGAUGCCGCAUCAAGAGUUUUCGUCGGGCAGCUCGUGCACGUGCAGCGCGCUGGUCGAGCACGCAAAGCUGAACGCUCCGCGCGAGGACCUGCCGUUCGGGAUCACGGUGCCCAAGGGGUCGAGCAAGUUCUACCCCGGACAGGUUCCGGAGAAGGAUACGCGGAUUGAGUUCAAGAACUUGAGCGAGUGGAGCGAGCUGUGUGGCGUGAGCAGGCUGUAUGCGGGCGUGCACUUUGAGCCGUCCAUCCAGGCUGGUGUGGACGUCUGCAAGGGGAUUGGGGAGAGCUCGCAGAAGUUUGCAGAGGGGCUUCGGGACGGGAGGCUCAUGGGCAAGUGGAUGACCUGGUUUCCCGAGGACACGGAGAAGUUUUGGGAGGAGGAGUAG